CAAAGCGCAUUCCACAACACAGCGGAGUCGCCGCUGGCCAAGAGCGACAGGACAGCGCCUUUCAGUCCCCAAAGUGCGACAAGACUGCUUUGGAAAUUAAUUAUUUUGGUCUGAUUGAUUCAGCUGUUUUCAUUUUUAUCAUCAACUGUCGGCAGAAAGUUUGAGUUUCAAAGAAAAGGAAAUAUUAAAUAGGCUUUUCUUUCUGUCAUUGAGAGCGCGCAGGAUAUUUGGCGAAGAGCGCUUCGCACCUUCAGUAGUAAUAAUAAGUGUCUUUGGAGUUGCUAUUCAAGAUGACAGACGUCGUUUCGGCAAUGGAUACACAGUCAAACUGCCCAGCCAGUGUUCUCGAACCGGAGUCAGAUCAGAGCCUUGGUUCUCCUAAGAGUCCACCACUGGACCUGAUUGACACAGGAAAAGGACUGAAGGUACAAACAGCGACCCCUCACCUAGUCAGUCUGGGAAGCGGAAGGCUAAGUGUGGCUAUUACUCUGCUACCUCUAAAGGAGGGAGUGACACGCAUAGGCCGUGACGAUGCCCCUGUACCUCAGGACAUCACUAUUGAGGGUCCCGGCAUUGAAGCAGAACACUGCAGGAUUGAGAACAGAGGAGGGUUCAUCACCCUUGACCCAUGCGGACACCUGUGUUCGCUCGAUGGAGUCCCUGUUACCAGACCCACACAACUCACGCAAGGUUACACACUCUGUCUUGGUAAAUCCUAUAUUUUUCGCUUUAACCAUCCCGAGGAGGCCAGCCGUAUGAAAAGCAUGCUUCCUCAGAAGAGUCUCGUCUCUCCGCUUGUGUACAGCACAGAUUAUCUGAAGUUCAGCAGUGAUUUCAAUCACUGUCUGGGUGGCUCUGGCUCAAGAGGGAUGCGCUCAGUCUCUGAGCUCCGCGAUUUGAUGGAUACUUUACAAAAAAAGAAGCAGGCGUUGGAGAACAGCUUGCGAGCCAAUGGGGACUCAAGCCCCUCCUACUUCAGCAUGACACAGUCUCCACCCACCACACCCAAUUUGCUGUCACCCAUCACCUCAUCCUCCCCAAUAUCUUAUCAGGAACAAGCCCGCCGAUUGUACAGCUCCGAACGGCCACCGCUUGUGGCCAGAGUGCCAAUGCAUUCAUCCAGCAGCAUGCCCCCGUCUCCUCGCAGUUCCGACCCUCGAGAUCGCGACGCAUCACUUCCUUAUUCUCGACCCAUGAGCCGGAACCAAUCUCAGGAUAGUCUGCUCCUCAAUACGUCAGACACUCGCCGUGCCGCAACCUCAGGCUCAGCACUCUCAAUGUGGAACGGCUCGUCCACCAGUGGGACUGAUUCCCUCCCUCCAACACCAGGGGCCGGUAGUGGUGCAGCUAGCAUGCCUUCCAGUCCCCGUCUGGCUCGUCGAUUCCACACCCCAGAUGUGGGACGUAACGGUGGACUCGAGCCCACUCCACGGCAACGAAAGUACUCCGCUGGGUCACUUACAGGAAUGAGCUCGCACAGCCGCUCCCUACCACGCCUCUAUAGACCCACCGAUGCCCAACUCACCCUUCUGCCAAGCAAUCGGUCCCCCGACGGCCAUCUUUCACCCCCAACUGGAGCCUCUGAUCCCAAACACCAGAAUGGUCAUACUGAAGUAGUUUCCAUCUCACUGUCCACCAGACCUGGCACCAAACACACUGUUGCCCCUCCGGAUGUCACCAUGACAUCAGAAGAAGCCACCAGUCCCCGGCAAGCCAAGAAGGUGAGUUUGACUUCCACCAGCUCCUACUCAGAAGUGGACAGGCAAGCUAUGCGUGGUCCCUCACAAGCUCUGGAGAUCGGUCUCGGGGAAAGGAGGCAGUCGUUCGGAAAGGCAGGGAUGGGUCCGCCGAGUGGCUUCAGGGAGAGAAAGGGCAGCAUCAGCUCUCUUAGUGGAAAGGAAGAGCUUCAAGACUACCACCAGAGACAGAGGGAUGAAAGAUUGCGGGAACAGGAAGUCGAAAGACUGGAACGUCAGCGUCUGGAGACUAUCCUCAAUCUGUGUUCUGGGCUGGGUCGCGCAGAGCAGGACAAAACCGGCUUGGCCGUCGCAGACUUGCAGAAGAUCAACAAGGAGCUGGAGAAAUUACAGGUGUCAGAUGAUGAGUCAACGUUCUCAGACUCUGCAAGUUUGUCAGCCAGCAAUUCUGCUGAAAACGACUACGGGCUUAAAGCCCGGGAGACCCAGGGCAGCGAGGAGAGACGGGCACGGCAGUUCAAGAACAGUGGACACAGAGAACUUAGGGUGGAGACGACAGCUGUCCUUGGCUCCGCCCCCACCCCGUCUCCUCGACUGACACGGAUAAACAAGGUGUCUGAGGACGACACACGGCUGAAGCUGGACGUAAGACGUAUAGAGGAGGAGAGGAUCCAGGUUCUGAACAAUAUGGAAGAGUUAGAGCUGAAGAUCAAAGACCUGGAUAACCAAAUGGAGGAGUCCAUCAGAGAGUUGGAAAUGGAGCGGGCUCUGUUGGAAGGCGAGCAGGAUUCUGAGAUGGCUCAGCUACAGCAGGAGAAAGAUGCUCUGGAGCAACUUAAAGAAAAGAUGUCUGACAUCGAAAACAAAGCGCAGACGGAAAAAUCUCAGGACAAAGCCAAGCUAGAUGCGGAGCGUGUAAAGUUAGAGCGACUGGUGCAUCUGCUUGCAGAGCAGAAGACUCAGUUGGACACCUGCCCUGAAGCCUUGAAAGAGCAACUUCAGCUGCAGCUCUGCAGGGAUGCAGAGACGCUAGAGGUGGAGGCCAAGCGUUUUGAAGACCUAGAGUUUCAACAGCUAGAACGAGAGAGUCGUCAAGAUGAGGAGAAAGAGACUCAGACUCAACACAUUCUCAGGGAGAUCGCAGAAUACCAGCGGAGCACCGUCACACGCAAGGAAAGGCUCCUGGCCUUGAAGAAACAGUGUACCCAGAUUUCCCAGCAGGCUCAGAGGGACAAGGACAGCUUUGUGAAGGAAAAGAACAAUCUUCAGAUGAUGCUACAGCAGGAAAAGGAGAAUCUUAUCAACUUGGAGAAGAAAUAUUCCGAGCUCACUGGGGCAUUGGGUUUCCCUGUCAGUCCCAUCAGUAUGAAAGAGGACUGCUUCCAGUUGGCUGACGUGUGUCCGCCUCAUAGUGAAUUCUGCCAUGCCCACAAAACCCUGUCUCCACUUCCUGCUGACCUGCUGAUGUUUUCUUCUCUUCUUUCCUCUCUUUCUAUCAAAAACGCUGAGGGCUAUGUUACAGUCACUGAGAUCAAUGAACUGUACUCUCAGCUGGGGGUAGACCCUACCCCAGUCCCCCUCCCCACCAAAACCCAGUCCUCUGACGGCCCUGCAACAGGGACUGACCCCAGCCCUGACCCCAGUCCUUCAAAGAGCUCUGCCCCACCAGGAGAGGCUGAGCAUUUCCGCACGCUAGAGGAAAGAAAACGGUACGGUAAGGAAGGCGGAGCUCAUAUGAGUGGCACUCUUCCUCGGAAGAAGACCCAGCCCACCAUAACCCCACAGUUCACCUGUGCCACCCUGGGUCGUAACAUACCCUCUAAAUCUCAUCCACCUUUAGCUCAAAGCUCUAGCUGUGGGAGCGUGUUGAAUCGAGCCCUUGCCAUCUCCCCUAAAGAGACACAAGUGGAUUCACACCGCCUGCACAAGGGCAAAUCUAAGAAAGGGCACAGUCAGCAGCACAUUGGCGAGGAGCACCGAACGAGGUUGAGUGAUAUCGGUGGCCGCGCGUCCUCUCAGAACAACGUCUAUCUAGACUCCUUUGGUUACCAAGACAACGGCCGCGCCUUCGACACGCUGAGUAUGGACAGCUCGGACAGCAUGGAAACCAGCAUCUCUGCCUGCUCGCCUGACAACGUCUCCAGCGCCAGCACCUCCAAUGUUUUGAAGAUGGAGGAGAUGGAGCGUCUUCUCCGGGAGGCUCAGGCGGAGAAGCACCAGCUCAUGGAAUACAGGGAGAGAGAGAUGGAGAGCAAGAGCAGGGCCCUUGAAGAGGAGAGGAGACGACGAGAAGAGCUAGAGAAACGGCUGCAAGAAGAAACCACCAGGAGGCAGAAACUCAUUGAGAGAGAAGUGAAACUGCGAGAGAAACAGAGAGUACAGUCUCGUCCAUUGACACGCUACCUACCUGUAAGGAAGGACGACUUUGACCUUCGUGGCCACAUAGACUCGGCCGGCCACAACACAGAAACUUGUUACCACGUCUCAAUCACAGAGAAAACCUGCAGGGGCUUCCUCAUUAAGAUGGGCGGCAAAAUCAAAACCUGGAAGAAACGCUGGUUUGUCUUCGACCGUAACCGCAGGACCCUGAGCUACUUUGCAGAUAAACACGAGGCCAAACUGAAAGGAGUGAUUUAUUUCCAGGCCAUAGAGGAAGUGUAUUACGACCACUUAAAGAGUGCCCACAAGAGUCCAAACCCUUCCCUAACAUUCAGUGUGAAGACUCACGAUCGUGUCUACUUCAUGGUGGCACCGUCUCCUGAAGCCAUGAGAAUAUGGAUGGAUGUUAUCGUAACAGGGGCGGAGGGAUACACUCAGUUCAUGAUUUAGAUGCUGUCUGUCUCCAGGGGAAUAAUAAUAUGCAGUGUGUGGAUUUAAAAACCACUGGACCCUUCCUUUCACAUACUGGUUUCAGUAUUGAAAGCUGCAUUCAUAUUUUUUUUUUUUUUUUUUAAUGCAACAUGAACUUUUACUUGGCGGUCCAGAUAAUGGAAUGGAGCACAUAUCCUAUAAUUUUGUGUGUAUGUUUGUGCUUGUGUUUUUAGGUAUUUUUUCCGUCCGUUUGAGUAAAGAGAGAAAGACGUGUUAAAUGAUAUUCAGUGCCAAUGUGCCAAGUUGUGUGUGGUCUGUUUGCUACUCUGUGUGCAGGGCCUCAGGGACACACACAUUAUGGUAUAAACAGCUGUUCUGCCAAAGAUGAAAUUCACACGCUAUAGAGUUUAUGUAUAUAUGCGUGUGUUGGUGUUUGCCACAGUGCCUUUAGCUCUAUAUUAUACUGAUAUGCCUUUAUACUCAACAUUCAGAUUAAUCGAAGGUGCUAUAAGACAUGUAUUUGUGCUAGCUAUUUGUAAUAGCACAAAUUAAAGCUAUUUUAACACUACAACUAUCCAUUAUAAAAGUCUCACAACUUCCAAAACAUUAAAGCUGCUUACUCUUCAGGUAUUACACCGAUUCAAAUGAAUAAAACAUGCCAUGUUUUGAAUAUGCCACAUAGAAACUAGUUUUUUAGUAUGUUUUAUAACACUUGAUCAUUUUAUCUAAAGGCAUAAUAUGUAACUUUUGCAUUUUUACGGUCUGUAUUCAAUGCUUUCGGCCCAUUUUCAGGCUGUGAUUACUUCAUAUUUGGGACUACAUCCAAAAAACAAAUGUGGUUUCCUUGAUUCCUUCGUUUCAGGUUCAGCCAGUGUUACAACAUAAAAUGUGCUUAAUUUCAUACAGAUUGUGUAGCUUUGUUAGUACAAUUCCAAUCAGACUGAAUUUGAAGUGUAAUUUCAAUAUCACUGACUAGUAGGAGACAACACAUUCACAUGCGCUGAACAUGUUAACCAUAAUCUUGCAUCUGUGAAUUAGCCAGUAGUAUGUUUUGAAUAUUGUUAUUCUCAUUUGAGAUGAAUAUUUAUACUUUUGUUUACCAUGCAUGCACCUUUAAUUUUGCAUACAGCAAAAUAAAGCAGAUGUAUAUUGUUUAA